AUGACCGACUCGGAUUCAAUCCGUGCCUCGAUUUACGAUGCUUUCCUUGAACUUGGUGCUUUGGAUCCUAAUAAUCGAGUCGCUACCUGGUUCUUUGGUGAUCCCACGUCCUCUUUGACUAGUAUUCACGAUGCUACUGCUGUGCAGCAAGCUACCCGUUUCGCACCACCAAACAACAUAGAAAACAACAAUUCAUCUCGCCAGUCGAGACCCUCGCGUUCGCUGUGGUUCUCCCCCAAGCUUAUCAGGUCACGCUCCAUAAGCCGGACGGAAGAGCAAGGGGAUCCUUGGUCUCCACCCAAGAUGAAAAUCCCCGCCAUGUUCACUUCACGGUUGACGAAAAGCGCUCGAGAAGGCAAGUCAUUGCCUGCUCUUCCGCCUAUUGAGAGGAAGCGCUGCGUAACCAAGACAUCACGAGCCAGGUCGUUAUUCCGGAAGCGAAAUAAACUUCCUUCAUCGGGAACUGAGGUCGAAAUGUCUACGGAUAGUCUGAUCCAGUGGCAGCAGAUUGCCAAUAUCAUUCCCCGCCAUUACAAUCCUUCUGCUGAGAAUGGGACAGCAGCUGUUUCUCCUGUCCCGUCGCCGCCUGCUCGUCAUCCAUCCAUGACGGUUGAAUCGACGGAUACAUUACCAGGACGACAUGUUCAGCGACCGCCCUUUGCGUUACCUCGGUCUGUUUUCCGUUCUUUAACGCUCAAUAAACAUGGGACAUCACCUAAACCUUCAAGUUCGCGUUUCAAAAAAAGACCACAUUCUCUCGAUUUAAACUCAUCAACAACAGCGAAACGGCUCGCUGCCUCCCUUCCAGCUUCGCCAUUCGUUCUCGUGACUGAUACGGCAGAGCCUUCAACACCUGCCGGGUUUUCUGGGACACCAUUUGUUUUCAUCACACCCAUCGAUAACCCUACCCCACUGCAUUCUGCGACAAUGAAGAGAUUUUCUGAUGUCACGUCGAUGACUGCGCCAUUGGGCAUUUACCCAGUUUCUAUUUCGCGUCCCAUCCGGCACAGUAUUGCCUACGACACUCUCGCUCUGGACGUUCCCGCUUCGCCUCCUCCUCGCCUGCGUCCCAGCAGCUCCUAUUCUUCUUUUCAAGAUGCAUUGGCGCAAGCUGCCAGUGCCGCAUCACCAUACGAACUAUAUGAGGAUCAUGUACCCCAAAUUAGGAGGGGGAUUGAGGCGCCUUUUCCAACACAUCCCAUCUUACCUCAACCGCUAUCCACCAUCCACUCGCGAGAACAGAGACUCGCAACAAUCAGGCGUUAUCAAGAAUUUUCAGAGCAAUUAGUAGAGGUGAUACCUUAUAAACGCUUUGCACAAGACUUGUCCAGUGUCGAGUAA